AUGCACUGCCACGCCGAGCUCCGGCUGAGCUCGCCCGGCCAACUCAAAGCAGCCAGGAGGCGCUACAAGACCUUCAUGAUCGACGAGAUUCUCUCCAAGGAGACCUGCGACUACUUUGAAAAACUUUCCCUCUACUCCGUGUGCCCGUCGUUGGUGGUGCGACCCAAGCCCCUGCAUUCCUGCACAGGCUCCCCAUCCCUUCGGGCAUAUCCUCUCCUCUCAGUCAUCACCCGGCAGCCCACAGUCAUCUCCCACCUGGUCCCUGCUGCCCCAGGUAUCGCCCAGGUGUUGUCCCACCACCCAUCCACUGAGGCUGCCCCUGUGGAAGCGCCGGGUGGCGAUGCUUUGGCUAGCAGUGAGUCAGAGACUGAGCAGCCAACACCCCGGCAGAAGAAGCCUCGCCGCAGCCGCACCAUCUUCACUGAGCUGCAGCUCAUGGGCCUGGAGAAGAAAUUCCAGAAGCAGAAGUAUUUGUCCACCCCAGACAGGUUGGACUUGGCUCAGUCUCUUGGACUCACUCAACUGCAGGUGAAGACGUGGUAUCAGAAUCGUAGGAUGAAAUGGAAGAAAAUGGUCCUUAAAGGUGGACAGGAAGCUCCCACAAAACCCAAAGGUCGCCCUAAGAAGAACUCCAUCCCCACGUCGGAAGAGAUUGAAGCUGAAGAGAAGAUGAACAGCCAGGCCCAGAGCCAGCAAUGCCCAGAGCUCCCUCAGAGGCACGAAGUGCCCCAUGACCCAGAGGAACCAAAGGCCCGUCAUGUCGCCUUAGAGGUGGCAGAGCCCCCAGGCCAGCCCCAGGAGUUGCCAAUAACCUCUUCGGAACCCCCACCAUCAAGCUAAAAUAAAACCCUUUGGGUGGGGAGGGGGAGAUUGGGAAGAAGGGAAAAGAGAGAAGACAGGGAAGUUAGGGAGGGAAAAGCUUCGGAAAGACUAUACAGCUUGGUAAACGUGGGGAGAAGAGAUCCCUGUCUUCUCCCUCCCAAAGCUCUCAGUGGUGUUUUCAUCGCAAGCAUUGCUGAUGGUGACUUGCUCAUCUCAGGCCUUUCUUCUACAGAGAGGCCGCUUUAGCCCUUGAUUCAAGGAGGCAGCUCCUGGAACUGCCUGUCCCAGGCGGAGAGCUGGUGGAGGGGCUCUCCACCCAACAGCUGGUCACAGUAGAGAUUGCUCUGGCUCCUUACUUUGCUGGCCCUGAGCGGCAGAGAGAUGUGGACAGCAGGCCCUGGAUCCUUGCUGACUCCGCACUUAUUUCUGUAGUUUUACAAGAGAAUUUAAC